UUCAGUUCUCUCUUGUGGCCGGUUCGAGAAGAACUGCCACGUGAGACACGAAAUUCAAUUUUAACGACCGCAUCUGCGCCAUUCCCAACGAGUCGAGGUGUCAAGGCCAGGCCUGGUUUCAAGACAAUGUCACAUUGUGCCCAAAUUCUGCGCGCACAGAGAUUCACCAUCUUUGCGGCAGACAUCCAGCAAAGAUGCUUCAGCGUGAGUCCUUUGAGCUUCGCAGCAGCGAGGGUGGCUAUGUCCAAGUUCGACAAGACCUCUUAUCUACCUUACGAGAAGUUAGAUAAGAACAUCCACACAGUUAAGAAACGAUUAGGCCGUCCUUUGACAUUAUCCGAAAAGGUCCUGUACUCCCAUCUCGAUGAACCCGACAAGCAAGACGUCGAACGUGGCACCACCUAUCUUAGAUUAAGACCCGACAGAGUAGCGAUGCAGGAUGCGACAGCUCAAAUGGCCAUGUUGCAGUUCAUCAGCUCUGGCCUGCCAAAAGUUGCAGUCCCCUCUACAAUCCACUGCGAUCACUUGAUCGAGGCCCAGAUUGGAGGCGAAGAAGAUCUGAAGCGAGCGAAGGACCUGAACAAAGAAGUCUACAAUUUCCUGAAGACUGCCGGAGCCAAGUACGGAGUGGGUUUCUGGAACCCGGGCUCUGGAAUCAUCCAUCAGAUCAUCCUGGAGAAUUAUGCAUUCCCAGGUCUGCUGAUGAUCGGAACAGACUCCCACACCCCUAAUGGUGGAGGUCUUGGUGGACUGUGCAUCGGUGUCGGAGGAGCUGAUGCUGUUGACGUGAUGGCUAACAUUCCCUGGGAGCUGAAGUGCCCGAAGGUCAUCGGAGUGAAAUUGACAGGAGAAUUGAAAGGCUGGACCAGCCCAAAGGACAUCAUCUUGAAGGUAGCUGGCAUCUUGACGGUCAAAGGUGGCACCGGAGCCAUCGUAGAGUACUUCGGACCUGGUGUCGACAGCAUCAGCUGCACCGGCAUGGCUACUAUUUGCAACAUGGGUGCUGAAAUUGGUGCAACCACCUCUGUCUUCCCCUACAAUAAUCGCAUGAAGGAUUAUCUGAAGGCUACUGGACGUGGAGAGAUUGCAUCUGCUGCCGAUAACUUCAAAGGCAGUCUCUUGACUGCGGAUCCCAACGCCAAGUAUGAUCAAAUCAUCGAACUGGACUUGUCUACUUUGGAGCCGCAUGUCAAUGGACCUUUCACUCCAGAUCUUGCUCAUCCCAUCUCCAAGCUGGGUGAAGCUGCCAAGAAAAAUGGAUGGCCAAAUGAAAUCAAGGUUGGACUUAUUGGUUCGUGCACCAACAGCUCUUACGAAGACAUGGGUCGAUGUGCUAACAUUGCUAAGCAAGCAAUAAAGCAUGGGCUGAAAGCCAAAUCUGCGUUCAAUGUCACUCCAGGCUCCGAACAAAUCCGUGCUACCAUCGAACGAGAUGGAAUCGCUGAGACGCUUCGAGAGUUCGGAGGAACCGUCCUGGCCAACGCUUGCGGUCCUUGUAUUGGACAAUGGGACCGCCAGGACAUUAAAAAGGGCGACAAGAACACCAUCGUCACCUCGUACAACAGAAAUUUCACUGGACGUAACGAUGCCAAUCCUGCUACACAUGCCUUCGUCACGAGUCCUGAACUCGUCACGGCCCUCUCCAUUGCUGGUCGAUUGGACUUCGACCCAACAAAGGACAGGCUCAAGGGAAAAGACGGAAAAGAAUUCUUAUUAGACAACCCAUUCGGCGACGAACUCCCAAGCCGUGGCUUCGACGCUGGAAUGGACACCUACGAAGCACCUCCGUCAGAUGGCAGCAGUGUUAAGGUCGACGUUGACCCGAAGUCUCAGAGGCUUCAGAUUCUCUCGCCUUUCGACAAAUGGGACGGAAAGGAUCUAACCGAUCUGACAGUACUGAUGAAGAUCAAGGGAAAGUGCACAACCGAUCACAUCUCCGCUGCUGGUCCCUGGUUGAAAUACCGUGGUCACUUGGACAACAUCUCUAAUAACAUGUUCAUUGGCGCCGUCAAUUUUGAGAAUGGAGAGAUGAACAAGAUCAAGAACCAACUAAACGGAGAAUGGGGAGCAGUACCAGACGUAGCUAGGCACUACAAGAAGAACGGCGUCAGGUGGGUAGUCGUCGGAGAUGAGAACUACGGAGAAGGCUCCUCCAGGGAGCACGCAGCCCUGGAGCCUCGCCAUCUUGGAGGACGUGCAAUUAUCGUUAAGAGCUUCGCCCGAAUCCACGAGACCAACCUUAAGAAGCAGGGAAUGCUUCCGUUGACAUUUGCCAAUCCCAGUGACUACGAUAAGAUCCAACCCACCGACAAGAUAAGUUUGCUUGGCCUGAAGGACUUGGCACCAGGAAAGCCAGUCAAGGCGGAGAUCAAGCACAAGGACGGCAAGGUGGAGACGAUAACCCUGAACCACUCGUUGAACGAGCAACAAAUAGGCUGGUUCAAAGCAGGCUCCGCUCUGAACCGCAUGAAGGAAAUUGCCGCCGGCAAAUAAGCUGCUCUGACACCCUAAAACAAUACAAAAAAAAAAGCGAAUCAACAGAAGCGCCACCGCGAGAGCCAGUCGAACUAAACGUCGACCAUAGUCACGCAUAGGGUGAAUUAGUUCAGAAAAUAUCCGCAAGGCCGAUCAAUCGUUGCCUCCCCUUCGCUGAUUUCGAAAUCCAUUAAUUUCGGAUAACCAAAUCCAACGAAAAGGUCCCCAUAGAAUUGUCUAUUCCCUGGACAAGAAUCCAGAAUUACAGCGAUGGUCGUCUCUCGAUUGGUCGCCGACAAUACUUAACGAUACAGCUGCCAUUAUUUAUUUAUCCAAGCCGACAGGACUCGGCCACGAAUCAUGGUGCGUGAGAUAUUCUAAUAGAAUCUUCGGUCCCCCUCUUGGGGACCGUCCUUUGUAAUUUUAAUCCUUAUCUUACGAUAACCGGUAACAAUGUCAACGAUAAGAGCAGCACGUGGUUAUGGUAGACGCUUUCGCGUAAGCGAUUUUGUUACGUGCCUUUCCGAAUCGAGGGAAACGCGGAAUCGUUUCGGCAGACGCGAGAUAACCUCAAAGUCUGACCGUGGUCGUGCAAGAGGGAGAAUAUCACGUGUGUGUAAAUAUAUUUUUCUCGCGAUUAGAGAGUAAGUCGUAAGUCGUAGGACGGAAUGUACGAAGCACUGGAUCAAUUGUCAAUUGUUAAUAGUGACUGGCUUCGAGGUAAUCAUUAAAAGCAUGUACUUGUUUUGAAGCCUCGCAGAGAGGUGCAGAUUGUUGUUCAACUCGAAUAAAAAGUUAUAGUGAUCUUUA